AUGCCGUCAAAAUUCAACAUUGGACACAAGUUCUUGGACCUCAUUUUCAAGGAACAGCGGAAUGAACUUAGAGAAAGGUCAUGCGACUCACAAAGGAAAACUCCGAAGCUGCCAACCCUCACCGUCGGCGACCGUGCAACCCGAGCAGACGAUGAGCUUGCACAUAUCCCUUCUAUUCCGACCCCGGCCAAACUUAAGAGUGCCCUGACGAAAGUCGAUGCCGCUUGUUCCAAAAUUCCACUUAAUGGAGCCAGGAUUCGUUGGACGCUUGAAUUGCUACUUGUCUACGCCCACGACAUCGCUACUUCCCGCUAG